AUGAAGUCCUUCAUCGUUGUGUCCUCCGCCAUCCUGGCCUCCCUCAACCUCGCCGCUGCCGUCCCAGCAGCCGCACCCGCCGUCGCCCGGGACGCAAUCUCCGUCUCGGUCUCCUACGACCCGGCCUACGAUGUUUCUACAACCUCCUUGGAUAACACAGCCUGCGGCAGUAUGCUCACCCAUACUUGGCCCACUUUCGGGAACGUGCCCGGCUUCCCUCACAUCGGCGGUGCCCUCACUAUCGAGGGUAGCGGCAGCCUUAACUGUGGCAAGUGCUACCAGCUGCACUACUCUGGCAAUGGAGUCGACGAGACCAUCACCGUCCUUGCAAUCGACAAGGCCACUGGCGCUUUCAACAUUGGUCUCCAGGCUAUGAAUGACCUCACCAACGGUCAGGCUGAGCAGCUGGGUCGUGUCACUGCUACCUACACUGAGGUUCCGGCCUCGCAGUGCGGCGUCGCAUAA